UUUUAUUCUACCAAGCAUUUUGACCCGGAAGCAGUUUUUGUUCCUUGCUAAUUCAAUGCUUGAGCUCGAACUUGAUGCUGCAGCCAAAAUAAACACACCACUUCUUUUUUGAUUUAGUUUUAAUCAGAAAUGUCAAGGAUUGGCUCUUGCAGUGUUCAAUGAGGUCUCACGUCAGCGAUGGCUGUAGUGUCGUGGAAGGAGAUCUGUCUUCUGAUUGGACUGGUGGUGGGCUGCUAUUGGAACAGCCUGCUCUGUGGUUUCGUGUUCGAUGAUGUCUCUGCCAUCCUGGAUAACAAAGACCUUCGCCCCACCACCCCACUGAAGAACCUCUUCCUCAAUGACUUCUGGGGCACACCCAUGUCAGAGGAGAGGAGCCAUAAGUCCUACCGGCCGCUCACUGUUCUCACCUUCCGCCUCAAUUACCUGUUCAGCGAGUUAAGCUCCUCUUCAUACCACCUCCUCAAUGUGGUUCUCCACGCCGUGGUGUGUGUCCUCUUCCUCCACUUCUGCCGUCUGCUCUUGGACCGAAGCACCAGUCUCGUAGCGGCUCUGCUGUUUGCUGUUCAUCCCAUCCACACAGAGGCUGUGACAGGUGUUGUUGGCAGGGCUGAGUUGCUGUCCUCCAUUUUCCUGCUGGCUGCUUUCCUGGAAUACACCAAAUCAAAAGGGACCGAUAACUCCAUAGUGUGGACUCCCAUCAUUUCUACCGUGUUCCUGGUUGCCGUUGCCACGCUAUGCAAGGAGCAGGGAAUAACGGUCAUUGGGAUAUGCUGUAUUUACGAGGUGUUUGUUGCCCAAGGGUUCACUCUGCCCAUGCUGAUUGACACCCUACUUCAGGUGUUGAGUGGAAAAGAUGGUUUUCCCUAUGCUGUUCUCCAAACCCUUUUGAAGCUCAUUGUCCUGAUCAUCAGCACACUAUUGUUGGUCAUCGUCAGGGUGCAGGUCAUUCAGUCCCAGUUGCCAGUGUUCACCAGGUUUGAUAAUCCAGCUGCCGUCAGCUCCACCCCGACCAGGCAGCUGACCUUUAACUACCUCCUGCCAGUAAAUGCCUGGCUGCUGCUCAACCCCUCUGAGUUGUGUUGUGACUGGACAAUGGGCACUAUUCCUCUUGUGGAGUCCCUGCUGGACCCUCGCAACCUCUCCACUGUAACAUUUUACGCCAUGUUGAGCCUCCUGGCUUAUCACAGCCUUUGGUACGGCCACAGCUCUGCAAAGAUCGUCAUGAUGGCACUGUCGUUGAUCGUCCUUCCUUUUAUCCCUGCAUCCAACCUGUUUUUCCCUGUGGGCUUUGUUGUAGCCGAAAGGGUCCUGUACGUGCCCAGCAUGGGAUUUUGUGUUUUGGUAGCCCAUGGAUUUAAACUCCUGUCCCAAAGAGGAGGCCUAAAGAAAACGUCUUGGUUGCUCAUGGGAGUUCUUCUAACAACACACGCCGUGAAGACUUUCAACAGAAACUGGGAUUGGGAGUCAGAAUACACGCUUUUUACAUCUGCACUGAAAGUAAACAGGAAUAAUGCCAAACUCUGGAACAAUGUCGGACAUGCUUUGGAGAAUCAAAAUAGUUAUGAAAGAGCGUUGAGAUACUUCCUUCAGGCCACACGAGUGCAACCAGAUGACAUUGGGGCCCACAUGAACGUUGGGAGAACCUACAAAAACCUAAACCGGUCCAGAGAGGCAGAGGAGGCAUAUCUAAUUGCAAAAUCCCUUAUGCCACAGAUCAUUCCAGGGAAGAAGUAUGCAACCCGUGUGGCCCCCAACCAUCUGAACGUCUACAUUAACCUGGCAAACCUAAUUCGGGCGAAUGAUUCCCGUCUGGAGGAAGCCGACCAACUCUAUAGGCAGGCCAUCAGCAUGAGACCGGACUUCAAGCAAGCCUACAUCAGUCGAGGGGAGCUUCUGCUGAAAAUGAACAAGCCCAGUGAGGCGAAGGACGCCUACCUACGAGCACUGGAGCUGGACCAUACCAAUGCAGACCUGUGGUACAAUCUGGCAAUUGUCAAUAUUGAGAUGAAGGACCCCUCAGAGGCUUUGAGAAACUUUAAUCGUGCAUUGGACCUGAAUCCACGGCACAAACUGGCACUCUUCAACUCAGCGCUUCUAAUGCAAGAGUCAGGCGAGGCGAAAUUUCGCCCUGAGGCAAAUCGUCGCUUUCUCAUCUACGUGAAAGAAGAGCCGGAUGAUGCUAAUGGCUACUUCAACCUGGGCAUGCUGGCAAUGGACGCUAACGAGAACGAAGAGGCAGAGCGCUGGAUGCGGGAGGCCAUUCGGCUGCAACCCGGCUUCCGCAGCGCUUUGUUUAACUUGGCCCUGCUCUACUCUCAGUCACAACGUGAAAUGGAUGCUCUCCCAGUGCUUGAGGAGCUGCUGCGGUACCACCCGGAGCACGUCAAAGGCCUGAUCCUCAAGGGAGACAUCCUCAUGAACCACCGCAAGGAUACGCCUGGCGCCAAAGCCUGUUUCGAACGCAUCUUGAACAUGGACCCCAGCAACGUGCAGGCCAAGCAUAACCUCUGUGUGGUGUACUUUGAAGAACGGGAGCUCCAGCGAGCUGAGCACUGUCUGGUGGAGACGCUUGCUAUGGCCCCGCAGGAAGAGUACAUCCGACGGCACCUCGCCAUCGUACGCAACAAAAUGGUUGAUAUGAGCACUGCCGGACAGACUAUUUCACCAACAGAGGGUGGUAGUGAAUCGGACAAGCAGCAAGAGCAACAACAACAAGACAAACAGGAGGAGGAAGGGCAGGGAGUUGCCUCAGGAGCAGGGGAGGGGGCCAGGAAAGAGAAGAAUUUGAGGAAAUCCUCCCCCAAAGAAAGCGUCAACAGCCAGGGCCAUGGCCAAUCAAAGAAGCUGGAUGCGGGCCAGCCUGACAAGCAGACUAAGAGCAAAUCCACAAAAGAGAUUAAAGAUAUAGAAAAGAAAAGGGCAGCUGCCUUGAAGAGACUGGAGGAGAUUGAACGCAUAUUAAGCAGUGAUUAACCUUGUUUAUCAACCACCACACUAUUUUUAUUUUAAGUGCGAGACCCUUCUGUUUUUUGUUUUUGAGACCUUGAUUAUGCAUGUUUCAUUGCACUUUUUUUGAUGUUUUGUGUCUUUUAUAUAAUGUGGUAUACCUCCUUUUCCCACAGCUUUAAUUAUGUAAAGCUGUUUGGUUGAAAAGUUAAAAACCAGGUGUGCUC